UGGCCAGGCGAGCUUCUGUUUCACCUUCCGUGACCGGGUUUCUCGCGUAGAUAAAGACCAGCAAUCGGCACAGAUGUGGAGGGACAUCUGUUGUUGUAAGAGAAGGCAUUAAGAAGGAUCUCAUUCUCAAUCCAGCAGCAAAGGAGGAGUGGUGGUGUCUGUGACUAUCAAGAAGGGACUCUGCACGUCUGCAUUUGCCACUAAGAAUGUGCGACCGAAACGGUGGAAGGCGACUCCGGCAAUGGCUGAUUGAACAAAUUGACAGUGACAUGUAUUCUGGCCUGAUCUGGGAGAAUGAUGAGAAAACCAUGUUUCGCAUCCCGUGGAAACAUGCAGGGAAACAAGAUUACAACCAGGAAGUGGAUGCAUCUAUAUUCAAGGCUUGGGCAGUAUUCAAAGGGAAGUUCAAGGAAGGUGACAAAGCUGAACCAGCCACCUGGAAGACGAGGUUACGCUGUGCCUUGAACAAGAGCCCUGACUUUGAGGAAGUGACCGACAGGUCCCAGCUGGACAUCUCAGAGCCGUACAAGGUCUACCGCAUUGUCCCAGAGGAAGAACAGAAAUGCAAAAUGGGGAUGGGGAAUGGAUGCAGUUUGAGUGAAGUCACGGAGAUGGAUUGCAGUACUUCUGCAGUAGAUGACUUGAUGACAGAGCCCCCCUCAGCAGUGGAUGAAUACCUUGGUACGAGAAGUCCUUCGCCGCUGCAGGAAAGCAGUAGAAAUCCACCCAUACCUGACUGGUGGAUGCAUCAAUCAAGCCCUGGUUUGCCUAUGAUGAUGAGUGGGUUCACUGGUUAUGAGGUGCUACAUUCAGGCUAUUCCCAGAUGGUGAUCAACUUCUACUAUGGAGGGAAGCUGGUGGGAAGCUCAACCACCUCUCGCCCUGAAGGCUGCCGGAUUUCCCUCGGAGAAAUGCCUUAUGCCCUGGAAAGCUUGGAACAUGUGCGGUUCCCAUCAGCAGAUGUGAUUCCAAAUGAACGGCAGAGGCACAUCACCAAGAAGCUGUUUGGGCACCUGGAGAGGGGUGUUCUUCUGCACUGCAACAAACAGGGCAUUUUCAUCAAAAGGCUGAGCCAGGGACGAGUCUUCUGGAGUGGGAACACCAUGGUCUUCAAAGACAGGCCCAAUAAGCUUGACCGAGACGAGGUGGUAAAGAUAUUCGACACCAACCAAUUUCUCAGAGAGCUUCAGCAGUAUUAUAACAAUCAAGGCCGCUUCCCAAACAGCAAAGUUAUUCUGUGUUUUGGAGAGGAGUUUCCAGAUGCCUCCCCUUUACGCUUCAAGUUGAUCCUUGUCGAGAUCGAACAGCUGAGUAUUCGGCAGUUGAUGGAGGACACUGGGAAGAGUGAAGGGAGCCCUCUGAUCCAUUCAAUAGGCGAGGAGCUGCAUUAUGACCAGAUGUAUAGGAACUUCCAGGAUUCUUGUGGACCACACCAAAGACCCAUUUUCCGAGAAAACCAGCAGAUCACUGUUUGAGAGACUCCUGGACGGAGUAUUUUUUAAACAACUUUUUUUUUUUUUUUAAAGGAUUCAGUUUAGAUCUAUUUUUGUAUCAUCAAACAUUUAAUGUUUCCUUUUGGGGACAAUUGUUCUGGGUUUUUGGUUGUAGAUGUGCAAGGGAUACAGAGAGAGAGAGAGAGACCGUGUUUGUUUUCGAUAAGGAAUUUGACGUAAAAAGGCAAUAAUUAUACGUUUCUUUGGGCCUCUCAGCAUUACAGCAUACACCCAAAGCAGCUUUAAAACCAGGGUAAUACUGUAUGACUUGGUUUUGAAAGAAAAGGGGGGGCUGUGAUGUGUUGAUUUGGCAGCUUUGACCCCCAAAAUGUGCCCCCUCUUGAUUGCUUGGCUGCAAAACAGAGAGACAUUUGUGGGCUGCAUUGCUGUCUGGGUAGUGUGGUUGUUGCAGAGGAAGGAUGGUCCAAUCUCCAAGCAGAAUAUCUUUAUUUUUGGUGUGAAUUUCUGCAUUUAGAGGAAUAUGGAAAUGCUUGAAGUUAUAUAUCUCCUUGCAUUGACCAAUACUGGCCCUCUGGAUGGAGCUGUCCUGAGCGUGUGCUGAGUGUACCCGGAACGUAAACAUAUACUUCAAGCACUAGUGAAUGAGGAUACCUUUGCAGAAAGGGACUCAUCUUAAAGGGGCUGGUUCACACAUGCAUGUUAAGUCACCUGAUUUCUGUACAUCUGAAUCACUGGCAGCUAAGCACGUGAGUAGACUCCACCAAAAAGCCUUGUGCGUAAAGGUGAUGUGAAAAACCUAUUGGUGGUGUUCUCCAAUAGUCUAUUCCCACAUGCAAGUCAACCCUUGAUGUUGCAGCCAUCGAGUGACGAGUAUGCAUGUGUGAACCCCACCCUUGCUUUUUUUUUUUUUUAAAAGACACCCAUCAUCAGUUGUCUUGCGGCUGCUCUUUUGUAUUUUCAAAACUCAGGUAGAAAAAUACAAUACUGGAAAGAGACUUAAGAGAUAAAUGGAUCCUUAGAGAAUUCUGUGAAGACUUUGAUGGCCAGGUGGCUUCUUACACCAUUAAGAAACCACACAUAGCUUAUACAUUGCAUCUAUGUUGUAUAUAUUCUUGCUAAGUUUUAUUUUAGUUCUUAUUGCUAUUUUUUUAUUGGCGUGUGUAGGUUAAAAUGGUCUGCUGUUUGAAAACUAAACGGAAUGGUGAACAUACAAAACUGUCAGAUACACAGUCACACCACUGGUCCACGUGACUCAGAAUUGUGGCAGCAGCUCUCAAGGUUUCCAGCCCUACCUGAAGACACUGGGGAUUGACUCUGGGACCUGCAUGCAAAGCAGAUGCUGUGCCACUGAGCUGUGGUUCCUCCCAGCAUUGUUUCAUUUUUAAAUAGUGAAGUGCAUUUUUUUCUUGAGCUUUGUUAACCAGGACUCAGUAAACAAAAUGUUCUAAGAGAGAGAUUAGAACACAUCUGCUUGGCAAGACCAGUAUCCUAGCUCUUAACGGGCAAGUGAUGGAUACUUAAGAGGAAGAACAGCAGUCUAUUCUUAGCUCUUUCCCAUUCUGGCAAAGGUUUUGGAGGAUACUACUGAAUAUUUUUAUGUCAAUAGGAAAAGCAUAGAGAGAUGUGUUGGUCCAUGGAGAAGGAAUCUAAAAUCCACAGUAGGGCAAUAAUUUAUUAGGACCAACUAAAAUGUCCCAAAAUCAUGAACUAUGUAAAUAACUAUGUUUUACUAGGACUGCAUCAGGCUGGACUCUUAAGAGGGGAUAUAUAUUCACACAUGCACCUCAGUCCAGUGAUGCCUUGUGGGUGUGCUCACACAGAUCUCCUGUCCAGGGGAAGGAGCAGUUCUGUUUGUGCAGAGAGGUGCACACAUGAGAUCCCCCCCCAUUGAAGUGAAUGGGUGAGCACAGCACAUAUUUUGUGCGCAAGGCUUUCUGAAUUGGGCAAUCUUGGUUUUAUGCCGUGGUCACAGCAGGAGGAAGAAGUAAAUCUCUGUGUUACUUCUUGGUACAUCAUGGGUAUGACCCAAUCGUUGGGAAGGGGAGAAGAGCUAGAGGGAACUGCUGCUUUUCUAGAGGGUUGCAUGUCUAGCUCUGAGCAGCUAUCUGAGAUGAGAUGACUGACCAGAGAUUAGAGAUGCGGGAUAAAUUUGAUUAAGUUCACAUUUGAAGGUGAACCUACCUAAUUCACAUUUUCCGCAACAAUGGACUGAAAUGCAGCCAUCGUUCAAAAUCCAUACUUCUCCAAAUUUUACAAUGCAGUUUUACAACCAAGUAUAGUGGUUAGAGUGUUGGACUACAACCUGGGAGACUAGGGUUUGAAUUCCCACAUAGCCAUGAACCUCACUGGGUGACCUUGGGCCAGUCACUGCCUCUCAGCCUCAGAGGAAGGCAAUGGGAAACCCCCUCUGAAUACCUCUUACCAUGAAAACCCUCUUCAUAGGGUCACCAUAAGCUGGGAUCGACUUGAAGGCAGUCAAUUUCAUUUUCCAAUGUGUACAAAAAUGCAUAUACUAAGGUAAAAACAAUGAUAAAAACUGCAUUAUAUUAGGGGAACAUGCUUUGCAAAAAUGUGCAUAUUAGGCAAAAUUGCAUAUUCAAAUGUUUAUAUUAGGAGAAAUUCACACCAACAUUUUGAUGAAUUUUCAUGAGAAUUUUAUUUUUUUAAAAAAUAAACUGAUUUGGAAAUGUGGACAACUGAACUUAAGUUUGGAAAAAUGAAAGAAAGAGAAAUUGAUAAAUUCACCCAUCCCUACCAGAGACACACAUGAAGAGAUGGUAGUUGUACCCAGGGGGGAGAAGAUAGUGGCUUUAAAAUACUGCAUAAACUACAAUGGCUAAAACCCAAAGCCUGAGAGACAAUCUGCAUGUGUUUUAGAGCCUGUGUUUUAGAUCUAUGUGCCUAGACGUUCAGUAUAUGUAAAGGUUAGGCGUGUGUACAAGCCUGCUUGUGUGUGUAUGAGAAAGAGAGAGGCACUAGCAGUUAUGCACAUGCAUUCAUCCUUUGAAAAGGGGCAUUAUGCACAUUUUGCUGUCAUCUGAAAAGCAGAGUAAUUGCUUUGAUCCUGUGCCGCCUUGAGCAUAGGGGAGCUUCCGCAUGGUACUCCCUCCUUGUGCAAAGGCUUUUCCAUCAAGGGCAGAAGUGAGCAGAGAAAUAUUUGCUCAUAGGCGUGACUAUGUGCACCUGGAAGCAUAUGCGGCGCUUUGGAUCAGUCUUAGUGUGGUCAUCUCUACUAUGCUAAGUAUUUAUUUUAACCGCUUGUUUUUUUAAAAAAUUGUGAUUGUUUUACCAAAGGCACCUGCAAAUAAAUAUCUAUAUUUUGUAA